AGCCCGGAUGUGACUCUUGGCUGGUUGAAAGCUCCGGUCUGCGGCAAUGGCGGCCCUCGGGUUUGCGACAGGUGGUGGCAGUUGGUUUUCGGCUUUGGCGCUCGGAGUGACUCUCCUCAAAUGCCUUCUCAUCCCCACCUAGUAAGGGACCCGCACGACCAGGGGCUGGGCGGGGAUGCCCCGCGGUCGGUUAAGGUGGGGGUGAGAACCUUGGAUGCACCUGGCCAUUCCACAGAUUUUGAAGUACACCGAAAUUGGCUUGCUAUCACUCACAGUUUGCCAGUAUCACAGUGGUAUUAUGAGGCAACUUCGGAGUGGACCUUGGAUUACCCCCCGUUUUUUGCGUGGUUUGAGUAUGUCCUGUCACAUGUUGCCAAAUAUUUUGAUCAAGAGAUGCUGAAUAUCCAUAACCUGAAUUACUGCAGCUCAAGGACCUUACUUUUCCAGAGGUUUUCCGUCAUCUUCACAGAUGCCCUCUUUGUGUAUGCCGUCCAUGAGUGCUGUAAAUGCAUUGAUGGAAAAAAAUCCAGUAAAGAACUUACAGAGAAGCCAAAGUUUAUUCUAUCGGUGUUACUGCUGUGGAACUUUGGACUCUUAAUUGUGGACCAUAUUCAUUUCCAGUACAAUGGCUUUUUAUUUGGAUUAAUGCUGCUUUCCAUUGCACGAUUAUUUCAGAAAAGGCAUCUGGAAGGAGCAUUUCUUUUUGCUGUUCUCCUGCAUUUCAAGCACAUUUACCUCUACGUAGCACCGGCCUAUGGUGUAUAUUUGCUCCGCUCUUACUGUUUCACUGCAAAUAAACCAGAUGGGUCCGUCCGGUGGAACAGUUUCAGCUUUGUCCGUGUCAUUUCCCUGGGGCUGAUUGCUUUCCUAGUUUCUGCGCUUUCAUUGGGUCCUUUCCUAGCCUCGAACCAACUGCCUCAAGUCUUUUCACGACUCUUCCCUUUCAAGAGAGGGCUCUGCCAUGCAUAUUGGGCUCCAAAUUUCUGGGCUUUGUACAAUGCUUUGGACAAAGUGCUGUCCAUCAUCGGUUUACAGUUGAAACUUCUUGAUCCCGAAAAGAUUCCCAAGGUCUCCAUGACAAGUGGUUUGGUUCAGCAGUUCCAACACACAGUCCUUCCGUCUGUGACUCCCUUGGCAACCUUCAUCGGCACUCUGAUUGCCAUAUUGCCCUCUAUUUUCUGUCUUUGGUUUAAACCCCAAGGGCCCAGAGGCUUUCUCCGAUGUCUCAUUCUUUGUGCCUUGAGCUCCUUCAUGUUUGGGUGGCACGUCCAUGAAAAAGCCAUACUCCUAGCAGUUCUCCCAAUGAGCCUUCUGUCUGUGGGAAAAGCAGGAGACGCUUCGAUUUUUCUGAUUCUGACCACAACAGGACAUUAUUCCCUCUUCCCUCUGCUCUUCACUGCACCAGAACUCCCUGUUAAAAUCUUGCUCAUGUUACUGUUCACCAUCUAUAGUAUUUCCUCACUGAAGACUCUAUUCAGAAAAGAAAAACCUCUUUUUAAUUGGAUGGAAACUUUCUACCUCCUUGGCCUGGGGCCUCUGGAAGUCUGCUGUGAAUUUAUAUUCCCUUUCACCUCCUGGAAGCUGAAGUACCCAUUCAUCCCUUUGUUACUGACCUCAGUGUAUUGUGCAGUGGGCAUCACAUAUGCUUGGUUCAAACUGUAUAUUUCAGUAUUGACUGACCCUCUUGUCCUCAAGACAAAAAAGCAAUGAAUAAAGGAACUGUUUGAAUAUAUUCCAAGCAAUGAUUUCAUGGGAAAUUAAUCAGAAGUUGAAGAAAGUUGCUGGUGGCAUGAGCCAUUCGUUUCAAUAGGUCUGUCCAGAAGACCGUUCUUCCAAAUUUGGCCUUGCCCAGCCUAGCAACGUGAUUGUCACCAUGGUGAGAAGCCACUUCCUCCAUAAGCAGUGAAAUGCAUCUGAAACAAAUCUUGCCUUCCCCUGUUAAAAUUGUUUGAGACUAUUCAGCCUGCUCUACUUGCUCCAGGCAAACAGUUGAGUCUGAUCAACAGCAUAAUUAUUUGUAGCCUAUGAUAACCACUGUCAGAUUAUAAAGCAUAAUUAGGAACAUAUGCUAAGGGAAAUGUGAAUAAAAUACCAUUUUAUAUUUCUACACAAAGUUUUUUGGAUCAUUAUCAGCUCCUUUGUUUCCUAUUGGUGUUCUCACAAGCAAAUGGUGUUCUGUUCCCGUUCUGUACACCUUGUUCCUGGAGAUUUUUUUUCAUUGAAAUUAUACAAUGACAGUACUCAAAAAGCCAGUGGGAGUAUUUAAUGAACUGGUUUGGCCAGGCAGCAGAGACUACAAAUUACAGCUACUCUUAUAGUAAGUUAGGGACAUCUUGUACAAUUCAUUUGUUUUAACACCAAACACUGCAAUUUUGAUUAGCCUACCACUUUCCUGACCUUUGCUCAUGGCUUCAAAACCAAGUGAAGUGAUGCAAGUGGUAUUUGCAGUUUGAUCUUUUCUUCUCCCUUAUUUAAGGGUACUCAUUACAUACUUUUUAUCCGGGAUUCCCAUUUCCCUAAUAUCUGCUCCCGCUGUGCCAGUGAUCUACUUCUACCAUUAACAGCUGCUCUACUUGAUUAUCUCUUUUCCCCAGAAGACUUCAAAAUUUCAAAGCAGAGACCCUACUUGUCUUGAUAGCCCCAGUGUUGGGCACAGUUGAAUGCAUGAAGCGUGCUGCAGUGGCCAUGAUUAAAAUCUAAAUGUUUACUAGUACAAGCAUUAGCACAAGUGACCGCAUGUAGUUCGUUACAUCUUUACCAGUGUACAAUCCAAAAAACAAAAUAGAGAAAUUAGAAAAUGAAUUUGGAUGCAUCUCAACAAGACCAAACUAAUUACACUUUGUAGGUUGUCAUUGUGAAAGUGAUGUGAUGUCAGAACUGAAGGAGUGUCAUAGAUUGAAUUAUGUCCCCCCCAAAACGUGUUAUCGGUUUGGCUGGGCCAUGAUUCCCAGUAUUGUAUGAUUUUCCUAUAUGUUGUAAAUCCUGCCUCUAUGAUGUUAAUGAGGGAGGAUGGGCAGCAGUUGUGUUAGUGAGGCAGGACUCAAUCUACAAGAUUAGAUUGUGUCUUGAGGCAGUCUCCUGAGAUAUAAAAAAAGAAGCGAGCAGAAAGACAGGGAGACCUCAUACCACCAAGAAAGUGCCGGGAGCAGAGCGCAUCCUUUGGACCUAAGGUUCCUGCACUAAGAUGCUCCCAGACCAGGUGAAGACUGAUGCAUCACAAGGACCUUCCUCCAGAGCCAACAGAGAGAGAAAGCCUUCCCCUGGAGCCAGCGCCCUGAAUUUGGACUUCUAGCUUCCUAAACUGUGAGAGAAUAAACUUCUCUUUGUUAAAGCCAUCCAUUUGUCUUGUUUCUGUUAUAGCAGCACUAGAUGACUAAGACAAGGAGCUCAUCUAGUGCAGAGAUUUCCAGAAUAUUCUGUAGAGCCCAAGGAGUUCCUUAGCGUUGCCUCAGAGGCUCUGGGCCCUGUCCCAUCUUCCACCAAAGCAAAUAUGCUGUGAUUUGUGUCAUAUAUUAACUUUCUGUCAUAAGUUUAUAAGUUUUUGUUAGACUUAAAAGUUCAAAGUCCGAAUAUAGUCUUAAAACCUCCAAUGACUAUACCUUGUGUUCACGUUUUUAAACUUUACAGACGUGGGUAGUUUUCAACAACAGAUGUAUACAAAUUUAUUUACUAAAUAAAUAGAAGUGCUGCCUCAAAUGUUUUAAAAUGUAAAAUUAAACAAAGCCUAGAAGAACAAGCUAAGAUUACUGUGGUGUCAACUUGGCUGGGCCAUGAUUUUCAGUGGUUUGGCAAUUAUGAUAUAGUUUGGUACCUAUGUAAUGAUGUAAUCACCCCCAUGAUGAGAUCUGUUACAAGCAGCCAGUCAGUUGAAAGGGAGUUUCCUUGGAGUGUGUGGCCUGCUUCCAGUAUAGCUAGACUCUCUGGCAAAGCUUAGCAUUUGCUCACUCUGAAUCCUGCAGCUGGCUCCUGUUCAUCUGACCUCCAGUUCUUGGAACUUGAGCUAGCAGCUUACCUGCCCAUCUUGGAAUUCGUCAGCCUCCACAACCUGUGAGCCAGAGUACUGCUGUCUGAUCUGCCAGUCUUGAAUUUGCCAUCUCCUACAGCUAUGUGGGAAACCCUGGUGGCAUAGCGAUUAAGUGCCAUGG